ACUUCUACUUCGUCCUCAUGGCUGGCAUCGUCUUCCUGGUCCCCUUGCUGGUCAUCAUCUUGGCCUACAUCCUCCUCAAGGCCCUGGGGAACUCCAUGACGGAUGGGAACCCCGGGAAGAACCGUCUGAAGGCCAUGGUGCUGACUCUGACGCUGAACGGGGUGAUCAACAACGGCUAUGGCUUCUACAUCACCACCCUGUGUCUGGCCAGCCUCAACAGCUGUCUGGAUCCCUUCAUCUACUACUUUGUGUCUGAGGACUUCAGGCACCAUGUGAAGAACACACUGCUGUGUAGAAGCAGCAGGACGGUGGAGAGGAUGAGGGUCUCCUUCAGCUCCAUGAAGUACUCCAAGAAGAGCAAGGCCUAUGUGUCUGAGUCAGAGAAUACACAGAGCAGUACCUGCUAAUAGUGCAUGGGAGCCAUUCGGACGACUAGGUAAAGACACUGGGAGAGGCUCAUUGAAAAUACAAUAUUUCUCUGUAUGUAUGUGGACUGAUGCACUGAAUGUACCUUAUGAAAUAAAGAUACUAGAGUGAUCUGUCCUAUAACAGUUGGGAUAUAGACAGCAUUGACAAGAAAUGGAACACGGUGGUGUGUGAGUGUUGUGUCCUCUAUGAGACAGAGACACACAACCUGACCUCUCACAGGACCAGGACACAAGGAUAUCGAAUUCUGAAGAAAAUGUGUAGUCACAUCACACUAAACAACCCACACAAGAGAAACUAUAUUUCUCAUCUGUGUAACAAAGUGUGAAGGGGAGCUUUAGUAUGUUUUAAAAUAGGCCUGGACACUGCUGAGCUCCAGACUAGUGAAAAUGGGUGACUAUAUCCUGGACUUCUUUUGUGAUUUUCAUAGACAUAUCUCUCAUGGAUGAAAUGAAUACAUUCUGCUUUCAUCACAGUUCUUGACAGGCUGUUAAAGGGCUAAUGCGUAAAAAUCUAGUUAGAUAUUCUAAAUUUGAAGAGGUGCAUUUUGGACAUGAUGUUGCCAAGCACAUGGUCAACAUGUUUUAUGAAAUCCCAAAAUAUAGACUUACGUUGUGCCUUAUGUGCUAGUGUAAAUGAACUCAAAUGUCAUGCCUUUAGGUGAAAAGUAUUGAGCAUCAUGAUAUUUUUUUUUAACCUUUAUUUAACUAGGCAAGUCAGUUAAGAACAUUCUUAUUUACAAUGAA